CAUUCAAACGUUGCAAUAACGUUGAUCCGUGUAGUAAACUACAUGAACAUGGGUGAAGAAUUUCCAGAAAAGCUUAUUUCAACUGUGAAUUGUAAACAAGGAGCUGUGAGGGCCGUUAGAUUUAACGUUGGAGGGGAUUACUGUCUGACUUGUGGUAGUGACAAGUCUGUACGACUAUGGAAUCCUCACAGAGGUAUCGCCCUAAAGACCUACACAGGCCAUGGCUAUGAAGUACUGGAUGCCCAGUCUUCCAGUGAUAACAGCCAGAUAUGCUCUGGAGGAAUGGACAAGACUGUCAUGUUGUUUGAUGUAGCAACAGGGAAAGCUGUUCGCAAGUACAGAGGUCAUGCAGGUACUGUGAACUGUGUUAAAUUCAAUGAGGAGUCGACGCUGAUCUUGUCUGGGUCCAUAGAUAGUACAGUCCGUAUCUGGGACUGUCGCACAAAGAAGAUGGAACCUAUCCAGAAAUUUUUGGAUUUUCCUCAUAAAAACCCGAACAAAAAAAAGUUUGUUCUAAUUAGGUUUUUUCCCAGGGUCAGGGGUGGUUUAACGGGGUUUUGGGGGAAGGGGGGAGAGAUGAUGCUCAAUGAGUACAAAGGCCAUAAGAACAAUAACUACAGACUGGAUAGCUGUCUGAAUGUCCAGGAUACCCAUGUCCUCAGUGGAUCAGAGGACGGUAGCGUGUACAUCUGGGGUUUAGUGGAGGCUAAAAUUUUGAAGAAGUUGGCUCAUGGAUCAGACAAGGCUAUACACUCGCUUGCCUUCCAUCCUGAGGAUACAUGUCUUCUGACUGCCAGCAUGGACAAGAUGUAUGUGUGGAAGUCUAAAUACGCCCCUAGCAGGGACUGAGGGAUGCUAUCCUCCAUGAAUUGAAAAACAAGGUACUCCAAGUACUUGAAUGGAAUGUAGUACUGUCCAUCAUCAAAGAAAAAGUCAAGGUGCUAUAGACACUUGACUGGAAUGUGGUACUGUCUACCAACAACUGAAAAUCAAGGUGUUAUAGACACUUGACUGGAAUGUGGUAUUGUCUAGCUACCAACAACUGAAAAUCAAGGUGUUAUAGACACUUGACUGGAAUGUGGUACUAUCCACCAACAACUGAAAAUCAAGGUGCUAUAGACACUUGACUGGAACGUGGUACUGUCUACCAACAACUAAAAAUCAAGGUGUUAUAGACACUUGACUUGACUAUUACUGUCUACCAACAACUGAAAAUCAAGGUGUUACAUACACUUGACUGGAAUGUGGCACUAUCUACCAACAACUGAAAAUCAAGGUGUUAUAGACACUUGACUGGAAUGUGGCACUGGACUGCACUGUUACUGUCUACCAACAACUGAAAAUCUCGGCCUAGGUACUCCAGACACUUGACUGGAAUGUUACUGUCUGCCAACAACUGAAAAUCAAGGUGCUAUAGACACUUGACUGGAAUGAGGCACUGGACUGGACUGUAUUGUAUCAGUAUACAAUUUAUACUCCAAUACAAGAGGAUUGUAAUAGAGUACACCACACAAGGGUACUAUAACUGUAUAAUGUAUACUCCAUGACUAGAGGACUGUAACAGGAUACAAUGUACACCCCACAAGGGGACUGUAACAGUGCACAGUGUACACCACACAAGGGCCCUGUAACAGGAUACAAUGUACACCCCACAAAGAGACUGUAACAGUGUACAAUGUACACCACACAAGGGACUGU